AUGCCUCUCUACAACGUUACACUCAAGAAGGACUCCCCUCCCGAGGAGCUGGAGAAAGCUAAGAACAAGGCUAUUAGCGAAGGAGGCACUAUCAAGCACGAGUAUACGCUUAUCAAGGGUUUCACUGUCGAGUACCCCGAUGACCAUGUCGGUGCUCUUGAGUCGUCCGACCAUGUCCACGUCGAACAGGACGGUGAGAUGAAGAUUCAGUAG